UUGUGAUGAAGAGCCUGGACCCAAUCAAACUCCUGAGGGUUUGUGUAGGUGAGUCAGCAGCAUGGGCCUCACUGCCUCUGACAUCCACAGUGCCAGGGGAGUGUGGAGCAGCUUCUGCUCCAGAGGGAAUGAACUGGAUCACACAGAACUGGAAAUCAAAAAAUCAAAAAUCUGCCUGCAUACAUAAGAAUUUGGCUGCUCCUAAACUCAGUUUGGGGAGGGCACAAAGCUGAACCACACAGGGUGCUGACCUCCAUCAGCACAUGUAUGUGUUCCUCAUGGUCUGCACAUCUCCCCUUUUUCCAAGUGUUGGAGCAGGGAGUUUUUCCAGGUGCCUGACUGUGGGACCUUCCAAAUUCCAGCUGUAUCUGUAAGUGCAGGGCCUGUAUUUCUCACCUGUGCUUCUCUGAGUCCUCUCUUCAGGUUUUGUUGUCCUUCACUGUCAGCAAAUGGGAGUCAAUGCUGCAGCCUGAGCACAAGGAAGGUGUCCAUAGGCAGAAGACAGCUGAGCUGGGAUCCCUUUGUGGCAGAAAUACUUCACUGCAUCCCAGAGCUUCCUGAUGUUUGCAACAAACUUAUGUGCCAAAACUGGGAAGAUCAAGCUGGAUACAGAGGCCAGGAUUCCUGGGUGGCUGAGGGAGCUAAGCUUGUCCUUCACACUGAGGUGGUAAAGCAAGAGCCUGUUCUGACCUGGGAAAGUUCAGAAUAAACACAGCCCUUGUCUGAGGCUGGUGAGACUGUGCUCAUUCUGCACACCCGUUAACUCUGUCCCUGCAGCCCUGCAUUCGAUUCUUGCCAAGGAGGAGACUGUGCCAGCAGCACUUGGGCACUUUGAAGAUGGUGCUGCUGUUCUGACCCUGCUCCAACUGAAAUUACUCUGUCUCUUUUCAUCUUCCCUUGGAUGAUGGGGCAGACAAUUAUGAAGAGGGCAAGCUUUGUCUUGAAGCAGGACCCAGAGAGGAAUGGAGACUCCCUUGGAUGUUUUGUCCAGAGCAGCAUCUCUGGUCCAUGCUGAUGAUGAGAAGCGUGAAGCGGCGCUGAGAGGGGAGCCCCGAAUGCAGCCCCUGCAAUCCCCCGCGCUCAGCAACCACCGCACGGGCCCGCCGCCCAUCAGCCCCAGCAAGAGGAAGCUCAGCAUGGACCAAGGGGACGAGGAGCUGGACUGUGACAACGACCACGUCUCCAAAAUGAGCCGCAUGUUCAACCCGCAUCUAACCAAGACUGCCAACGGGGAUUACCGGAAGGAGCACCGGGAGCGGAGCCGCAGCCCCAUCGAGCGGGCGGCUGCCCCCACCAUGAGCCUCCACGCCAACCACAUGUACGCCUCCAUCCCCAGCCUGAGCAUGGAGCAGCCCCUCGCACUGACCAAAAACAGCGUGGAUGCAGCCAGGACAGUCGGCAUCUCCCCCAGCCUGAGCAGCGUGGAGCGGCAGCAGAACCGUCCCUCUGUGAUCACCUGUGCUUCUGCCAACAACCGCAACUGCAACCUGUCCCACUGCCCCAUCGCCCACAGCGCCUGCGCCGGGGCUGCCUACAGGAGACCCUCCAGCUCCACCACUGCGUGUGACCCGGUGGUGGAGGAGCACUUCCGCAGGAGCCUCGGCAAGAACUACAAGGAGCCCGAGCCGGUGGCGAACUCGGUGUCCAUCACGGGCUCCGUGGAUGAUCACUUUGCCAAAGCUCUGGGGGACACGUGGCUGCAGAUCAAGGCUGCCAAGGACGGCGUGGGCAGCAGCCCCGAGUCAGCGUCGCGGCGGGGCCAGGCCUCCCCUUCCUCCCACAUGGUCAACCACAAUCACUCGCCCUCCGUGGUCUCCUGA